AUGGCUCUCCAGAACAGCAACGUGCAUUGGGAUGGUAUAGCAAAGUUCGGCGAUUUCAUCUCAACAGGUGGUCGCAGGGGAGGUGUCGGGUCCUGUCCUCAGAACGGAUGUGUGCUUUGCCAGAUAGGGCAAGUUACUCGCAACACAUCAUUGCACAGGCACACGGUCCGCCAGUUUACCAUUUGGUAUAGGCACCCCGGGAAAUCAGUGCUAGAAAUGUCUGUAAUAAGCGAGCUGCAAGAGAUGACAGCGCGUCGCGGCCAUUGCUACCGUUGCACUCGAGCUAUCCUAACCGUCGAGAAUCUGAAGUGGAAGCUGGCGAAGACAGGACUGACUACUCAAUGCCUGGUUACGGACAUGGCAUUCACAAACUUUAUGCCCGUGUCUUGGAAGAUCCGGGUCCGUUGUUUCUAUGCGCAGGUUUGGCCCCCCGCCGACAUUCCUGAACUUUUGCGGUGCUCCACAGUUAAGGCCAAGAGAAGUAGUGAUUCGAACCAAGGCAUCUCCGGUUAA